UUCACGGAUGUGGCAGUGCAGUUCUCCCAGGAUGAGUGGCGCCUCCUAGAGGAAGGACAGCGGAUGUUUUACCAAGACGUGAUGCGGGAGAACUACGCCGCGCUGGCCUCCCUGGGGACAGCUGAGUUGCUCCCACUCUCUGCUUUCCUGUCACCCACGGAGCCGGAAGGAACCAUGGGCGAUGGGAGCCGUGCCGAGGAGGAGCAGGAGCCUCGUGUCCAGAGUGGCCUUCUGGGAGGACCACCGAAGCACAGCCUACCCCUCUCCGCCCUGGUGCAGCUGGUGAAGGGGAUCCCAGAAUUUCUGCUCCGGGAGGUCCCGGAGAGCAGUGAGGAUAACGUGAGGGCAAGCCCAGCAGCAGAACCUACCAGUAAACCAGGGUCAACAGGGAAAGGAGGCCCAGCGGUCCUGGGCAGCCAGCCCCAAAUACCUUCCUGCAGCCCUGACAAGAAGAGCUGUUGGAACCAGGAGGGAGAGGUCCCAGGACCAGGAUUCUCUCCUGGGAGCAGCCCCUUACAGGGCCUCAUAGACUGCCUGAGAGAAAUCCUUGUGCCGGGUCCCCAGCAUCCAGAAGCACCCCCAAGCAGACUGUACCCCCACCCCACCUUGAGCAGACUGGAGCCGGGGUCUGGAAGCCCCCCCCUAGAAGUGAAAGUGGAGGCGACUCCAGGGGCAUGUUUCCUCCAGCAUCGGCCGGGUCAGCUGACGGAGACUCCGGAGGCCAUCAGCAGCCACCCCAGCCCCUCAGGAGCAAGGCCGCCACCACAGCAGGAAGGGCCAUGGGCCUCAGACACCACCACAUGGCUACACGUGGCCAGCAGGGCCUCAAGCUCCCCGCUGGAAGCCCUGGAGGCCUGUCUGAAGGGCAUUCCCCUGAGCGGGUCAUCACCCUGGCAGCCGUCCACCACCUCUUGGUCCUGGAGCCCCCAGCAAGGACCCUCAGAGUCUCCUAGGCCUGAGCCGAAGUCUCAGGGAUCGUACAAGUCAGAAGUGAGCAGGGGGCCUCUUCCUCCUCUGGGCCUGCAAGGCCCUGUGAGAGACCACGCUGCCCGCCACCCAGGCCUCCAUGGGAGCCCUGCCACCUCCUUGUCCAGCAGCUCCACUGGGCACCUGGACUUCAGGAGUUCCGAAGGACGUCAUAGGCACCGCCCUGGAAUAGGGACAGCCGCCAAGCCCUCUCCACUGCACCACCUGGAGAGAUCUCUGGAAGGGAUGCUCCCUGUUCAGCCCCUGCGCUUCAGCUGCUUGGCUAGCCCCAGCCCCAGCCCCAGCCCCAGCCCCAGCAGCUCCGAAGGAGAAAACCAGAGGCUGGAGGCCCACCUGGGACCCCUGCCUCUCCAGGCACCUCCACACCUCACCCCAUGCCUUGAGGAACGACCUGCCCCUGGCCACGAGGCCUGGCAGCAGACCAGGAGCCUGCAGCUUGCACCUGACAGCUCACCUGUCACAGCUAACUCCGAGGUCCCUGCUGUCCCCACUGGGCCAGUGUGCCCCUGUAGGACCCUCCAGCAGGAACUGAGCAGCCUCAGUACCACCCUCUCCAGGAAACUCGACUGGCUUGCCACCACUCUGGCCAGCCUGUCUCGGGACGUGGCCGCCAUGAAGGACCAGGUGAAUCGACUCAGGUGGCACCCGCAGGCCCACAAGCUAAAGGGCUGGGGCUCCAGGCUGAGGCCCCGAGCUUACAGAUGCCCACCCUACCGGAGACGGCCAGGCCCUGCCAGACCCAGACACAAACUCCUACGGGGCCCAGGGGAGGGUGGCUCUGUGGGGCCUCCUGUGAGGAAGCGUCAGCCUCCAGGUACCGCCCGAGGCUCAGCCCCACCUUUGGGACUCACCUGUGGCUGUGUGGCCAGAACUGUGUACCCCCCCGAGACCCCCCACCUGUCUCCAGUGCCUGCCCCCAUGGCCCCCCAGACCGUCCCGUCCCCUGAGGCCAGUGCAGUAGCUGCACCAGCCCACAUCCUAACUCAGCUUAUGGACACUGGGGGAGCUCAGGGGACAGUGCCCAAAGCGUCCUGGGGAGGGGGGCAUGGAGAAGUGAGGUGGGCGCCCUGCUGA